AUCGACUCAAGAAGAGUAGCUGUAUAAUUGUUUUCCAGUCGUGUUGGAAAGUUGUAGCAACUGUUUCCAUUCAUAAAACAGUCAGCUGGCGGUAUAAAUAAACAAGCCUAAAAAAAAGGAGUAAACGAUGAGCUAUUACGGAGGAGGAGGAGGAGGCUAUCCCCCAGCACAGGGAGGUUACCCACCUGCUCCAGGGGGUUAUCCCCCAGCACCCGGAGGUGCUGGGUACCCACCCGCCCCAGGAGGUGGUGGUUACCCACCAGCACCAGGAGGUGGAGGCUACCCACCAUCAGCUCCAGCGGGGGGCGGUUACCCUCCCGCCCCUGGUGGAGGUUACCCACCCGCACCAGGGGUUGGUGGCUAUCCACCCGCUCCAGCACCGGGUUACCCUCCAGCUCAAGGCGGUUAUCCACCCGCGUCAGCCCCAGGAGGGUACCCCCCGCCAGCAGCGCCUUCUGGGUAUCCACCCGCUCCACAACCAGGCUAUCCUCCAGCACCAGCUGCUCCUUCUAUGCCUAUGCCGAGUGCAGCUUAUAGUGGCGGUGCUGGUCUUCCAUAUGGUCCAACCCCGGGGCAAGCUCCAGGCAUGGGCUUCGCACAACCUGAACCGUCUUCAAGUUACAAUGAUCCAUACACAAAUCAUUCCGGUUUCACCGGAGCUGCAUAUGCUGCGACAGCUUUCCGCCCACCCUCCCAACCUAAUUACGCCCCUGCCCCUGCCCCAGGUGGGCCACCUAUGCCCUCACCCAUGUACAAUCCACCCCCAGCACAAGUGGCAACUGCACCGCCACCACGCCCCGUACAGGCAGCCUCUGCACCUACUCAGCAGAUGGCUAACAUGUCCAUAGCAUCCACUGCUGCCAAGAAGACUGUUGUUAAGCGGGGGACAGGGACUGUAAGAGAGAAGGCAAACUUUGACGGUCAUAAAGAAGCUGAGAUCCUUAGGAAAGCCAUGAAGGGGAUUGGGACGGAUGAGAAAGCAAUUAUUUCUGUGUUGGGAUCUUGUUCUAACGCACAAAGACAGAAGAUUCUGAUUGACUUCAAAACAAUGUAUGGAAAGGAUUUGAUUAAGGAUCUUAAGAGUGAGCUGAAGGGUAAAUUUGAAGACAUUGUCUUGGAUAUGAUGGCAACACAGCCACAGUUUGACGCAAGACAACUGCGGAAAGCAAUGAAGGGUCUUGGAACAGACGAAGCAGUUCUGAUUGAAAUUUUAUGUACAAGAACAAAUCAAGAAAUCCACGCCAUCAAAGAUGCUUACAAAAAAGAAUUCGCAAGGAAUCUUGAGAAGGAUGUGAUAUCUGAAACAUCUGGACAUUUUCAGCGUCUUUUGGUUUCUAUGACCCAAGGAGCUCGCCAAGAAACUGACACAGUGGACAUGGCUAAAGCAAAGGCAGACGCUCAGGCAUUGUGGGAAGCUGGAGAGAAACGAUGGGGAACCGAUGAGUCGCAGUUCAACGUGAUCCUAGCCUCAAGAAGCUUCCCUCAACUCCGAGCAAUCUUCGAGGAAUACAGCAGGUUGGGCAAAUACUCCAUUGAACAGUCUAUCAAACGGGAGAUGUCAGGUGACCUAGAGAAAGGAAUGCUGACAAUAGUGGCAUGUGUACGGAGCUCACCAAAGUACUUUGCAGAGAAGCUGCAUAAAUCUAUGAAGGGUCUUGGAACAGACGAUGAUACCCUUGUCCGUGUCGUCGUCUCUCGCUGUGAGAUUGAUAUGGUUGAGAUCAAACAAGAAUUCUACAAAGAGUAUAAACAGACUCUGGGAAAAUUCAUCGCGGGAGACACAUCUGGUGACUACAAGAGAAUUCUUUUGGAACUCGUGGGAGGCGAGUCCUAAAAAAGCUGCCUUUUGAACUUUUCAAAAAAUCAAUUCCUGAAUUAAUCAGUGUAGUUAAACAAUUCAAUGUACUCUGUAAAUUUAUAUUCAUGGAUUAUGAAAAAUUAUGACAUUUUUGUCAACCUUGACAUCGAUCUAGAAAAACAUUAACCUUAACUAGAAGUUAUUUCCUCCUGUCCACAAAGGGAAUAGUUAAUAUAUGUGAUCAAGCUUUAAUGAGUAAUAUGUUGGAAAUGUCAGUAUGGAGAAACAAGCCAAAUAAUGGGGGUAAACAUUUCUCAAAUGUUUUUGUUGUUAAAUUUCAAUGACAAAAUAAAUUUACAUUUUAUAUCAGCAACUUCCUACCUUACAACAUCAAAAAGGGGUUAGAAUUAGCAUUGGAAUACAAUGUAUAUACCAUGUAUAUUCACUUUACAAUUCAAAUUAAAACCCCUUUUCUCAGUUGUAUUAUCUCGCAAUUAUUGAAUUUUCUACCAAAACUGUUGAACCAUAGGUGGUAUCAACACGGGUUUUAAUAGUAUUAAAGCAUAUAUUAUGCUCUUAGCUUUAAAAAAAAAGAAAAAAAAGUAGAGUUACAUGGGUCGACAAAUAACUAAUUUCGCUUGAUCUCAUGUGAUCACAUAUGAUUGUCCAAACUUGAUUUGUUGCCGUGUUGAGUUUUAUAAUUAUAACUCGGUGUUUUAAUUCUUUACUAACAAUAUGGCAUGUACAAAAUGGGAUUGUUUUAAUAAAACUUAAAGGCAGGGUCUUUUUAUUUCAACGCAGUGCUGAUUUAUUGAAUUUUCAAGAAAGAUACAAACAAUAAAAGUCACAUGUGAUGUGAAAGUUUCAGCUGAAUUUAG